AUGGCCAUCGGUAAUCUUUACUUCAUUGCGGCCAUCGCCGUCGUGGGCGGUGGUCUGUUCGGUUUCGAUAUCUCGUCGAUGUCUGCUAUCAUCGAGACCAAGGCCUACCUCUGCUACUUCGACCAGGGUCCUCUGGAAUAUAACGAUGAUGGUAGCCGGAAAUGUCAUGGUCCCAGUGCAAGUGUGCAAGGUGGUAUCACCGCCUCCAUGGCCGCUGGUUCAUGGCUGGGUUCGUUGUUGUCCGGUUUCAUCUCGGAUAUGCUUGGUCGUCGAACUGCCAUUCAGAUCGGUUCAAUGAUCUGGUGCAUCGGAUCGAUUAUUGUCUGCGCCUCUCAGAACAUUCCCAUGUUGAUUGUUGGUCGUAUCAUCAACGGUCUGAGUGUUGGUAUCUGCUCUGCUCAGGUGCCGGUGUACAUCUCGGAGAUUGCUCCUCCAACGAAGCGUGGCCGUGUCGUCGGUCUGCAGCAAUGGGCCAUCACCUGGGGUAUCUUGAUCAUGUUCUACCUCUCCUACGGCUGCAGCUUCAUCGAGGGUACCGCCGCCUUCCGUAUCCCCUGGGGCCUGCAAAUGAUCCCUGCCCUUCUGUUGUUCCUCGGCAUGUUGUUCCUGCCCGAAUCGCCUCGUUGGCUAGCGCGCAAGGACCGGUGGGAGGAGUGUCACGCUGUCUUGACCCUUGUACACGGCCGGGGUGACCCUAACUCCCCAUUCGUACAACGUGAAUUUGAGGAGAUCAAGAGCAUGUGCGAGUUUGAGCGUGCCAACGCUGAUGUAACCUACCUCGAACUUUUCAAGCCCAACAUGCUCAACCGCACUCAUGUGGGCAUAUUUGUUCAGAUUUGGUCCCAGCUGACCGGAAUGAACGUCAUGAUGUAUUACAUCACCUACGUCUUCGCCAUGGCCGGCUUGAAGGGAAACAACAAUUUGAUCUCCUCCAGCAUCCAGUACGUGAUCAACGUCUGCAUGACCGUCCCGGCCCUGCUGUGGGGAGACCGAUGGGGUCGUCGUCCGACCUUCCUAUUGGGGUCCCUCUUCAUGAUGAUUUGGAUGUACGCCAAUGCCGGUCUGAUGGCCAGCUACGGUCGCCCUGCUCCUUCAGGCGGCCUCGGUGGGGUUAGUGCGGAGUCUUGGAUCAUCGAAGGCCCGGCCAGCAAGGCCGUAAUUGCCUGUACCUAUCUUUUCGUGGCCUCAUACGCCAUUUCGUUCGGUCCCGCCAGCUGGGUGUAUCCGCCGGAGCUGUUCCCUCUGCGCGUGCGCGGUAAGGCGACCGCCCUCUGCACCUCGGCCAACUGGGCCUUCAACUUCGCGCUCAGUUACUUCGUGCCUCCAGCAUUCGUCAACAUUCAGUGGAAGGUCUACAUCCUCUUUGGCGUCUUCUGUACGGCCAUGUUCAUCCACAUCUUCUUCUUCUUCCCCGAGACCACUGGCAAGACCCUUGAAGAGGUCGAGGCCAUCUUCACUGACCCGAACGGUAUCCCGUACAUUGGUACGCCGGCCUGGAAGACCAAGAACGAGUACUCUCGGGGCGCCUUUAUUGAACAGGUUGGCUUUGACGAGGAGAAGCGGGUGGCGGGUGGUCAGGUUGUUCAUGAAGAGGUUACCACUACGGCGGAGAAGAUUGCGUGA